GAGCUUCCCUGCUGUCCUCACUCUCCCAGGGCUAGCGGCCGGGGCAGACGGAGCCCAGGACCCGGCUGCCCUGCUUGGGGUGGGGGUGGGGACCCGAGCAGCGGGGCCGCCGCCGCCUGUCCCGUUUCAUCCUGUCCGCUCCUGUGUCCUGUACGUCGGGGCUGAUGGCUCCCCCUGAGCCGCGGAGUCCGGGGGGCGCAGGGUAGAGCCCCGCGGACAGCUCAGAAACCCCCCCAGUCGAGGGGUCCGGAGUCCAGUCCCACCCUUCGCCCCAAGCCGUAGACCCCGAAGGGGACGAGGGAGCGCGUGGGAGCCCCCCCCCCACUGCUCCCCACCCUGCCCCGCCCCGUCCCCCUCCCCCAGCUCCGAGACAAGAUGCUCGCCUGGCUCCGGCGCCUGCUGCAAGGUCCUGCCUCAGCCUGCCUGCUGCUCCUGCUGCUGGCCCUGCCUCUGGUGGCCCCUACCUGUCCCAUGCUGUGCACCUGCUACCUCUCCCCGCCAACCGUCAGCUGCCAGGCCAACAACUUCUCGGCCGUGCCCCUGGUACUGCCCCCCCACACCCAGCGCCUCUUCCUCCAGAACAACCUCAUCCGCUCCCUGCGGCCCGGCACCUUUGGCAGCAGCCUGCUCACCCUCUGGCUCUUCUCCAAUAACCUCUCGACCAUCUAUCCUGGCACCUUCCGACACCUGCAGGCCCUGGAGGAGCUGGACCUGGGGGACAACCGGCACUUGCGCUCCCUAGACCCCGACACUUUCCAGGGCCUCGAACGGCUGCAGUCCCUCCACCUGUACCGCUGCCAGCUCAGCAGCCUGCCCAGCAACAUCUUCAGGGGGCUGGUCAGCCUCCAGUACCUCUACCUUCAGGAAAACCAGCUGCUCCACCUCCAGGAUGAUCUGUUUGCCGACUUGGCCAACCUGAGUCACCUCUUCCUCCAUGGGAAUCGCCUCCGAUUGCUCACCGAGCACGUCUUUAGGGGUCUGGCCGGGCUGGAUCGGCUACUGCUCCAUGGGAACCGACUGCAGGGCGUGCACCGAGCGGCCUUCCGGGGCCUGGCCCGUCUCACCAUCCUUUACCUGUUCAACAACAGCUUGGCGUCCCUGCCGGGAGAGGCGCUGGCCGACCUGCCUUCCCUGGAGUUCCUGAGGCUCAAUGACAACCCCUGGGCGUGUGACUGCCGCGCCCGCCCUCUCUGGGCUUGGUUUCAGAGGGCCCGGGUCUCCAGCUCGGAUGUCACCUGUGCCACCCCUCCCGAGCGCCAGGGCCGUGACCUGCGGGCCCUCCGGGAGUCUGACUUUGAGGCCUGUCCCCCCGCUGCUCCAACCCGACCGGGCGGCCGUGCCCGCGGCAACAGCUCCUCCAACCACCUGUAUGGGGUGGGAGAAGCAGGAGGGGCUCCCCCCGUGGAUCCCUCGACCUUAUACCGGGACUUGCCGGCUGAAGAUCCCAGGGGUCCCCAAGGUGGCGACGCACCCACGGAAGAAGACUAUUGGGGUGGCUACGGGGGUGAGGACCGGAGGAGGGGGGAGGUCUGCCCUGGCCCAGCCUGCCCCACCUCGCUGGAUUCCGGAGGCUCUUCCCAGUACCAUGGGCUCCCCGGCCCUUUGUUUUGCCUCUUGUUGCUGGUCCCCUAUGGCCCCUGAUGGGCAGGUUGGUACUUGAGAGGGUAGCGAGUGGGAGCAGGGCUGAGGAUGGAGACUGAGAGGUGAUGUUGGUCUCGAAGGCCUCCUGCCUCCAUCCCUUCUGAGAUUACUACCCUGCUUUCCGCUGCUACUUUGGCUCUGACUCAUUUCCUGUCCCCACCCCUCCUAGGACGCUCUUCCAAGGGACAUCUUCAUUCUUCCAUUCCCUACUCUCAUCCCCAGAAUGCUUAGGAUGGGCAUUCCUCUUCUGUCUCUGCUCCCAACCUCAGCCCUGAGCUCCUCCCUCCUCUUCCCAGGGCUGGGCUUAGGCUGCUCACAGAUCCGCCUUCGUGCCCUUCAGGGGCCACAAUGCUGCUCGAGAGAGGGAAUGUUCCAUUUUCCGAGCUGUCUCUGUCCGGCGGGUUAGAGCUCUUAGUAAUUACAGGCUGGACAGACACCCGUCCUGCAUCCCCAUCGAAGUACGCCAUGGGGUAGGACCCCAAAGAAGGCCACUCGAAUCCUGGCAAGUGAUGAGCUCUAAGGCCCCAGCUUCUCCCGGCCCUCCCCAAACCCCUGAGAAGGAGGGAAAAUUUUCCUCAUCCAUCUCUUCUGGACGUUUUUGGGGGUGAGGGGCCCCCCGGAGACCUUUCUUCUCCACCAUGCCCCCAUGCGGCAAAGGACAAAACAUUGUUUGAAAACAAAUUUAUUAAAAAAAAUUAUAUUAUUUUA